AUGGCGUCCGUCGAGCAGAGUUGGAUAUCUUCCCUGGCUGUGGGUUUGGGGACUAAUGAAAACGCUCUCCGGCUUCUAAUUUCGCUCUUGUUAGCAUACCCAGUUUCUCUAAUCCACAGAUACACUCUGUUUGGAAAGUCACCGUUAACCCAACAUCUAUAUUUCAUCUUCUUUGGGUUAGGACUGAGUUACUUCAAUUUUGGUUCUGAGAUCGUGUUUGGACUAGCGAACGUUUUGAUCAUUUACCUGGUGCUGCUGGUUGUUGGUGGUAAUCUACCCAGUGUCAUAUUUUCAUUUGUUUUCAACAUUGGCUACCUCGUUAUAGCGUAUUAUUAUACAUCUUCCCAAAACUAUGAUAUCAAAUGGACCACGCCUCACUGUGUGCUCACGCUCAGGCUAACGGGACUUGCCUUCGACGUCUACGAUGGCACAAAAAAACAGGAAACGCUUUCCGCUGAUCAGAAGAAGACAGCGUUACGCACGAUGCCUUCCAUAUUUGAGGUGUUUGCACACAUGUACUUCCCCUGUGCCUUCCUAGUGGGACCCCAGCUUCCCAUGAGGCGGUACCAGGACUUUGUUAGCGGUGCAUUUGCGGACACAGUUACAGGCAGUUUGCCUGCAUGUGUGAUACCCGGGGCUAAACGACUUUCCGUGGGUGUCUUGUACAUAGCCAUCUACCAGGUCCUUGGAAUCUACUUCGAUGAGCAGUACAUGAUCACCGAUGAGUUUAAUGACAUAUCGUUUCUUGGUAAACUCCUCUACAUUGCCAUAUGGGGCAAAGUCACACUCUAUAAGUAUGUGGCGUGUUGGCUCAUUUCAGAGGGCAGCUGUAUGAUGAUUGGCCUCUCGUACAACGGGAAGGAUGAAAACGGCAACGAUUUAUGGGAUGCGUGCGCGAAUAUCAAAAUCCGCAAGUUCGAAUUGGCGCAGUCGGGAUCAGCUAUGGUCACGAGCUUCAACUUGAACACAAACGUUUGGGUGUCACAGUAUGUUUAUAAACGAUUGCGCUUCCUCAACAAUCGUCAGCUAUCGCAAAUUGGUGCAUUGGCGUACCUCGCCAUCUGGCACGGGAUUCACUCUGGUUACUAUAACUGUUUCCUAUUCGAGUUUGUCGUCAUCAAAUUCGAACGUGAUUUCGAAACGAUAGUCCGCGACGUCCCCCUAUUGACCAAUAUAAGUAACAACACGUUCUUGAAACCAGGGAUAACCAUUGCUAGGAAAUUCUACAACUUAUUAAUCUGCGGAUACCCACUAAUUAGUUUCUGUCUUCUAAAAUAUAGAAAGUGGGGGUUGGUGUAUAGAAGUAUUUUCUACAUCGGACAUAUAUGGUUCUAUUCUUGGCCGUUAGUCUACAUCUACCUGAGGAAAACUGUGCUGAAGAAGAAGCGAGCUGAGGAAAAACGUACAGAUGGAGAAAUGAAGAAGACAGAGUAAUAUUCCCGCUAGACCAACGAAAAUAUAUGCAGAAUGGCAACAUCACUGAUCCUGGCUGUGAGGAAAUGUGUAUAGCAAAGAAAUAUAUGUUCCGUGGAAUAAAAAGUAGCUCUGAGUGGUAGUUUUCCAAAAUGUGUAGAGCAUCCUUGUGACUCAUUAUUGGAACCUCGUCCUUCGGUCUGUAAAUAUUCAUGAAGAAUCAUUGGGACGAGGUUGAAAAUGAUCGUCAUCCAAACCUGCUGUCAUGAUAGGAUAUGUCGUGUAUUGGACAGUAGUGUUGCGGUUGUUUUGGCCCCAAGUCUUUUUGUCCCUAGUCCCUAGGUUGGUCGGCCUCCUCGGACAAGAUGCAACAAAAAUCCCAAGUUGAACAUUGCAAAUGAACUGCAAAGUGGUCUUUCUUAGUGUGGCAACUUGAUACCAUUAAGGUGGGGAGAAAAACUGUUAAGAAGUUUGUCAAAAAGUGACUUUGAAAAUCAAAAUGAUGUAAAUAAUAUCAAUGGCUGUUCAAAAUCUGACAGUUCCUGAAUCUGACUUUCAGUCUGUCACAAAAUAAAAUCGGACAACAGGGAUGUGUGUCUAACCCUUGGGGUUAAAUAUAUCACUGGGAAUACAGCAAAUACAAUGAUUUUGAAUCAAAUCAGACCAUAGAUUCAUGGGGUGUGGAAGGCUGAAUGAUGAAGGGCUUGGGGGCAAAACAACCAGAUGAUGUGGACCAUUUCUCCAGCUCAGGCGUGAGCUUGAAUUUAUCAAAAAUUUUACACAGAACUUUUUAUAAAAAGUGAUCAUUUUUUGUCAACAUCAAUCGUUGUGUGAUGUGACAUGUUGGUUUUUUAUUGGUGGUGUUUUUUUUUUAGUAAAAUCGAAUAAAUACUUGAACCUUUGUUGUUGUUUUUCCUAGCUUAAUAACAAACUGGUCUUAUAUUAGAAUGCUUCUGGGAAAACUGUUUAUUUUCCAUCCAACACAAAAGUGUACGUUGUAAAAGUCGCAGCACCGAAACAUUUCGAUGUCAGUUCAUGCAGAAAUGAAUCAAAACAUCCAGAUUGGCAAAUUGAAAUAAUUUGAUUGGCAAAUUAAAAUAUUUUGAUUGGCAAAUUAAAAUAUUUUGAUUGGCAAAUUAAAAUAUUUUGAUUGAUUGGCAAAUUGAGAUAAUUUGAUUGGCAAAUUGAAAUAAUUUGAUUGGCAAAUUGAAAUAAUUUGAUUGGCAAAUUAAAAUAUUUUGAUUGAUUGGCAAAAUGAAAUAUUUUGAUUGGCAAAUUGAAUUUUUUUGAUUGAUUGGCAAAAAUUUGAUUGGCAAAUGGAAAUAAUUUGAUUGGCAAAUUAAAAUAUUUUGUUUGGCAAAUUAAAAUAUUUUGAUUGAUUGGCAAAUUGAAAUUUUUUAUUGGCAAAUUGGUACAAGUUAACGUAGCACCAUAUCAGUUAUCUAACAUUCACGAUUUAGUAUUUUGUGGGUGGUUUAAAAUGGUCAACUAGGUGUUUGGUUGUGACUGUCGGCUUUUUUCCAUUCCCAAGUUUGUCGCUUGCAGAAAACAGCAAUGUUCGAUGUUGCGUCCGACGUAUAGCAAACUCUCCCAUUUACGAAGACAUAAGGAACUUUUGGUGCGAGUCUUAUAGUUUAUAUAUCAUUUAUUCAUCUGUGAAAAUUUCAUGUCUAUGUCUCUAGAAGAAAGGGUUUGAAUCUGGUGAGAAAGAAAUUCUGUUUGUAUAUAUUCAUGGAGGAAUCUUGCACCGGGAUAUCAAAAACUGUCUUGACAUAGUCGAUAGUCACCACCUGACUAGAUGUAGCACUUCCGACUAGUAAUUUUUUUUGAAAUGGUAGAAGUUUGUAGCUGAGAUAUUCAAAUUGUAUUUGAUAAAGAUUAUUGUGCGUUCUUGAUUGAUUUUUUUGUAAAGAUUUUAUCGACAUAGUUUGUAAAACUUGAUCGCUGUGUUGUCAUAAUCGCUUGAAAGACAAUUUUCUCAAAGAAAUCGUCAUAGAAGUUUUGUAUUUCAAUGUUUCAAUAAUUCACUGGUUUGUAUGCUGUAAACUUAGAAAUAUUCGUGCGACAUUUAUUUCGCAUUUACAGAUUAUCGCGGAAAAAGAUAUUGCAACGAAAAUAGAAGUCUACAUGUGAUUGAAAUGACUGCUCCAUGCUCGUCAAACACUAAGUUAAAACUAUGCCAAAGUUGCACGUUCAUGAAACAGCGAAUAUUUCCAUGUUUACAGUUAUUUAUUGUAAUAUUAGUUCCACUGGUAAUGGACUGGAUUUGUUAGUUCCUUUGAAAAAAGAACAUCGGUCCAAGUUGCAGUUUGUUAAAAGGUCAACUUGGAUGUGGGAUGUGUUUUUCAUACAAAAAUGGCUUCGAGCAGGACGGCAACUUCAUCAAACAGGAUCAUUGAAAAAUCAUUCAACUGCAAUAAACAAUAUGUGACCCGCUCUACCAAAACUAGGCGCUUGUCGCAUCUGAACUUGACAGGUUGAUACGGACUUGUUGUUCAUUUCCCUAUUGUAGACCUUUUUUGAAAUCUAUUACAAACUGAUUUGG